AUGUGCUGGUCCAAAUCACCCAAUGACAUCUUCUCGGGGCGUGGACACAGCCGUUUGAUAGAGACAAUAGAGCAAUGGAACAAUGCGCAGUGUUUCCCCGCAGGCAACACGCACUGGGGUGAUCUCCAUGUCACGGAGCAAUGCGGCGUGUACUACGGUGAUUUGUGUUCCGAGUGUCUAAAAGAUGGAGCCCUGGGGAAAAAGGGCAUGAUUAUUUUCCUUGGUCGAGGUGACGUCUCUAUGGAGACUCUUACACACCGGUCAAUCUCCAAUAGGCGCCCGCCGUUGGAGCUGGCUGGCAUGGCCGUGGUACCGAGAUGUAGAGAGCACGCUCUUUCAGUAUGCUGCCAGCGCGCGUCAAGAGCAGUUGACAUCGUUGGAAAUCGCAGGAUUGGCGUGCCUAUUUACACCAAGACUGCGUGUCGGCUGUCAAGCGGGCGUCAUCACAGCUUCGUGGCACAGUCGGAGCAUGCCACCACGCAGUGCGAAGAGCUACACUCAUGA